CUAGAUUGUUAUUUUUAACAGAUGUCUGAUGGUUUGUCAAGUCACGUAAAUAUCGACAAUUUGUUUUGAAAUAUGAAAUUAUUAUUGUCUUUUAUUUUUAAUGAUUAAGUUAUCAUCAUAUAUCUGAGAGCGAAAAUGAUAGUUGCUGUUCAAUCACCGGAGGGUACCAAACGCAUUGAGUGCAAAUCAAAUGAAAGUGUCAAUUCAUUCUUGAACAAGGUUCAAAGUGCCUUUAACCUGAAUGGCGAUUUUACUUUAUACAAGGAAAGGAAUCGAAAAAGUCCUUUGGUAUCCUCUGACAGGAAACAGCUGGGACAUUAUGGAAUUAAACAGGGCGACACCAUUUACAUGUCAUUCCAAUCCAACAUCCCAGGAGGUAAAUCUGUUCCCAUGGACACCAUGCGGCGGGAAUCUGAGGGGAAUGUAGCUCCUGGCUUGGUUGAAGAUAAGGUUGAUACUUUCCUCUACAAACAGAGUGGAACAAUUCAAAGAGACAGGGAUCCAAAAUUAUGUCAGCAUGGCCCGAAAGGGAAGUGUGUUCAUUGUGUGCCUGUGGAGCCUUACAAUGAAGCAUACCUGCAUGAACAGAAUAUCAAGCAUAUGUCUUUCCAUUCCUACUUGCGUAAGCUGACUGGGGGAAUUGACAAGGGUAAAUUUGCUGCUUUAGAGAACAUCAGUUGCAAAAUUAAAGAAGGCUGCAAAGAGCAUCCACCAUGGCCCCAAGGCAUUUGCACUAAAUGUCAACCUAGUGCAAUCACGCUGAAUAGACAGCCUUACCGACAUGUAGAUAAUAUAGUAUUUGAGAAUCCAUUCUUGGUGGAACGUUUCCUUAAUUACUGGCGCUGCACAGGACACCAGCGAAUAGGUAUAUUGUAUGGAUUCUAUGAACCCCACAAGGACGUUCCUCUAGGAAUUAAGGCAACUGUUACAGCCAUCUAUGAGCCACCCCAGGAAGGUUCUAGAGAUUUUCUCAGACUCCUUCCAGAUGAAAAAGCGGACCUUGUGGAUCGCAUCGCACAUGACCUAGGCCUGAUGAGAGUAGGCUGGAUUUUCACAGACCUUAUACCUGAGAACUUACAAAAGGGAACUGUCAAACAUAUACGAAAUAUUAAUUCUCACUUUCUGAGUGCUCAAGAAUGCAUCAUGGCUGGCUAUUUCCAGAACAAACAUCCAAACCCCUGCAAACUUUCACCUGAUGGUUACUUUGGCUCCAAGUUUGUGACAGUUUGCUUUACUGGGGAUGAGAAUCACCAUGCUCACAUGGAAGGUUAUCAAGUAUCUAACCAGUGCAUGGCUCUGGUACGAGACAACUGUUUACUGCCCACUUUGGAUGCACCUGAGUUGGCCUAUGUCCGGGAAUCAUCCAAUGAGCAAUAUGUCCCAGAUGUCUUCUAUAAGGUGAAGGAUUCCUAUGGCAAUGAAGUAAUACAGGUAGCUCGUCCUUUACCCAUUGAGUAUCUUCUAGUUGACGUUCCUGUCUCCACCCCCAAUGAUCCUCAGUACACCUUCUAUGCAGAUGCUUCCAAGACACCUUUUCCGAUUGAAAAUAGACUAUUGGAUGGACAAGUUCAGGAUUUUCCUCAUCUGGUGUCUUACCUGCGCCAGUUUAAUUCCGACCAGUUCCUUGAGGCAAUGUGCGAUUUCCAUCUUCUCAUCUACUUGGCCACAAUGGAUCUUUUGCCACUGAUGGAUGACCUAGGUCCACUACUGGAAGCCAUCCGGCAUAAAAAUCGGGAGCUUGCCACUGAGUGGUCAAAAAGUGAGCGAUGGGCCACUGUUGAACAUCUCUUAGAUUGUGAAGGUUCUUCUCUGCCAAGCUCCUUCCCCACUGAGAACGCCAGCGGUGCCAGCAAUGAGACGAGUGACACUUCCCUCUGGAUCUGCAGGCACUGCACUUUUCUGAACCAGCCACACACGAGCACCUGCGAGAUGUGCGGCCUGCCCCAGUGACUGCCGACAGUGCCUCUCAACGAUCCAUCAUGUGAACUCUGUGAUCAACUUUUUGUUUCCUUUCAGGGAAAGUCUACUUUUUGUUAUACAGAUUGUGAGGAGAGCACGCUCUCGCACUUCAACUCAUGCUAAUAAAUGUGAAGCCUGUGA